CCUGCACCCUGAAGUGUAACUUGUUCGUGUCUUUGAUUCUGUCCAAAUUUCCCGCAAAAACGUCGUUCCGGUGAAACCAAGUAGGCUAUCAGCAUUGUACCACACUCAAAUCCUCACUAGACAGAUUUUCUCUCAAUUGAGUGUUUGGUCGAUACCGGUUUUGUUGUUUCAACUAUUUUCUCUUCUUUUCUUGACCAUUAUUUUCCAAUUUGGAGGUACAGCCAUAGUCUCAGAUCCUGGCCAUCCAAAGUGUCACUGGAGGAGCAGUUUCAUAAUGACGGCAUCGAACGACGUAUCCAAUCAGAAGCAGUCGUUGAAACAGCUUAUGCGUGAGAAAUAUCUAAAAAAUGAACCAACUGCCUGUGUGGAUCCAUCAGCCUUUCGUGUUUUGGGAUGUUACAAAUACCGGGGAAUGGUCAUGGCAAACUUCACCCCCGAACACCGGCUCCAACAGGUGGAACAGCUAAAUUUCGAAAAAGAUGACAUAGUUUUGUCGUCAUACCCUAAAACAGGAACUACCAUCACUCAGGAAAUGGUAUAUCUUGUGCGAAAUGGUGGCGACGUCGAUGAAGCCAACAAGGAGUAUACCUUCUUGCGUAUCCCUUACCUAGAAUUCGAGGGACCAAGUGCUGGAAUUGAUGCCUACCACGAGAGGAGACGCCCCAGAACGAUAAAAUCCCAUCUCCCGGUUGACUGUUUUGAACGUCAGGUUACGAGUGAUGGAACCCGGUUCAUCUACGUUAUGAGGAACCCGAAAGACACGUUGGUCUCUUAUUAUCACUUCUACAAGAGUUGUUACCUCUAUGGCGGUUUCUUUGGCACAUUCAAUGACUUCUUUCAAAUGUUCCUCUGCAAUAAUGUCUGCUACGGUAAUAUGUUUGAUCACUUUCUGGGUUGGUGGCGCCACCGGGAUCUACCGAACGUGCUGAUUCUGAAAUACGAAGACCUCGUCCGUCAUCCGGAAGAAGAGAUUCGGAAGAUUGCCGGAUUUUGCAAGAAGGAAUUGGAUGAUGCAGCAAUAGAGAGAAUAGUGCAGGCGACCUCGUUUGACGUCAUGAAGGCAAACCCGAAGACUAACAACGCUGACACACCUUUCAUUGAUGAAUCCAUUAGUCCCUUUAUCAGGAAGGGCCAUAUCGGUGAUUGGAAGAAUUAUUUUACGGCCGAACAGAACGAGCAAAUUGAUAGUAUGAUUGCAGAGAGAUUGCAAGCUGAUAAGCUGAACUUUGAUUACGAGUAGGCCUAAUUGUUACAGAAGAUUGUCACACAUCACCAUGUAAUCACUGCACCAGGUGCUAUGGAUUCUUUCCUUAAAUUUACCGCAUGUUAAAUGUUUCUAAUACAGAUUCCCUGAGUCUACCGAGUCUACAAGUAGCUAGAGGGACCAUUACUCUUCAGCAGGGAAACAAAUGGAAACCUGUCACUCUUACCGAGUCUACAAGUAGCUAGAGGGACCAUUACUCUUCAGCAGGGAAACAAAUGGAAACCUGUCACCUUACCGAGUCUACAAGUAGCUAGAGGAACAAUUACUCUUCAGCAGGGAAACAAAUGGAAACUUGUCACUCUUGUCUAUCCUUGCAACACGACUCAAAAACACCAGUUGGAACUUUUUUCAUGAUAACGAUGUACCAAAAAUGGAGCACGUCAGUAGAAAGAAAGCAAGAAUGAGUCGUUUGGUAAACUUUCCAUGAUUUCU